CUGCCCUUCAUCUGCCCCAGCAGCGAGAGGAGGGAGCUGGGACUCCCCACAGCUUCUGCAGAGAGUGGAGAAGCCCAUUUGCUCCUAGAAAUGGGCAGAAAGGACUUCAAUUAUCUUUUCCUCACCAUUUUCUGCACCAUGGCUCUGAAGCUGAGCUGUGUCAGCUCCAUGUCCAUGGCAGGGCUGGGAUAUGUUGUUACAGCAGCUGUUGUGCUCUCAGCUGUGCCUGUCACCAUGGUGGAACACGCCGAGUUCCUGAAGGCUGGCAAGGAGCCCGGCCUUCAGAUUUGGAGGGUCGAGAAGUUUGACCUGGUCCCAGUGCCUAAAAACCUGUAUGGAGACUUCUUCACAGGAGACUCCUACCUGGUGCUGAACACCAUCAAACAGCGCAGCGGGAACCUGCAGUACGACCUGCACUUCUGGCUGGGUGAUGAGAGCUCCCAGGAUGAGCGAGGGGCCGCUGCCAUCUUCACGGUGCAGAUGGACGACCACCUGCAGGGCAGGGCCGUGCAGCACCGCGAGGUGCAGGGCCACGAGUCCCCCACCUUCCUGGGCUACUUCAAAUCCGGCAUCAAGUACAAGGCUGGUGGUGUGGCUUCUGGCUUCAGACACGUGGUGCCCAACGAGGUCACUGUGCAGAGGCUGCUGCAGGUCAAAGGCAGGAGAACAGUGAGGGCCACGGAGGUCCCUGUGAGCUGGGACAGCUUCAACACAGGGGACUGUUUCAUCCUGGACCUGGGCAGUAACAUCUUCCAAUGGUGUGGCUCCAACAGCAACCGGCAGGAGCGGCUCAAGGCCACAGUACUGGCCAAGGGCAUCCGGGACAACGAGCGCAACGGCCGCGCCAAGGUCUAUGUGUCCGAGGAGGGAUCCGAGCGGGAGGAGAUGCUCCAGGUCCUGGGACCAAAGCCCACUUUGCCACCAGGAGUUUCUGAUGAGACCAAAACCGACACAGCCAACAGAAAGCUGGCCAAGCUCUACAAGGUCUCCAAUGGGGCUGGGAACAUGGCAGUGUCCCUGGUGGCAGAUGAGAACCCCUUCUCCCAGGCAGCCCUGAGCACAGACGACUGCUUCAUCCUGGACCACGGCACAGAUGGGAAGAUCUUUGUUUGGAAAGGCAAAGGUGCCAACUCUGAGGAGAAGAAGGCAGCACUGAAAACAGCUUCUGAGUUCAUUGACAAGAUGGGUUACCCCAAACAUACCCAGAGUUUUUAA